GGCAGAGAUUUUAUACGGCAGACCGUACGAUGCAGGACUUGAGGAUAAUCCAUACGUGACAAAAUCAUUCUCAAUUAGUGACGAAUCCGAAGGCAUCGAGUCCGGUCUAGUCCUCAAGACUGACAGACUGAACUAUCUGUUCUGUCAACAUUUUAAAGAACAAAAUGUCAAGACUUCCUGCUCCUGGUUUUUCCAGGCUGAAGACACCUGGAUUCACUCGCCCCUCAGCACCUCAACAAGUAACUUCAACAGAGACACAAGAUUAUACUUUUAAAAGACCACAAGAUGUUACUGUACCUGUUUCAAGUAUGGGUAUAGCGCAUAGUAAGCCUCACAACGAUGCAGUAAGACCCAGGAUGCCAAUGAAAACAUAUGGACUUCCACCGACAAGUGUAAAUUCUUUUCAGCAUGGACCGACUCCUUAUAAUAGAAGUAGAGCUAAUGUUAGUCAAAUACCUUAUGUUGGAAAAAAAAGAGUCACAGGAGUACUGAAAGCACCAGAAAGUAAGUUAUCGAGACAUCCACCUCAUCAACCAGUUUCACAAAACCAAACUCAUAUGUCGGUGCAGAAUAAUGUUAAUAAUGGAACUGAACAGAAACCAAUCAGACGGCAACUAAUUCCUGAAGGGAAGUCACAGCCCACACAGCCCAAACUUACACAGCCCAGAACUCACGCAAACAAAGAGAGACCUAAGUCAUGUUUAGUGCAGCCUAGAGGGUUCGCUGUGAAACCUUCAAAUGAUCCCGGAAACUUAUCGGGUGGUAGAGGUUUAUCUCGAUCACUGCAGACGUUACCACAAGGCUUAGUAAAACCUAGGGGUGCUAAGAAAGAGACUUGGUCAAACAGAAGUGCGUCACAAGAGAAUUUAAUAAGUGAGCCCAGAAAAAGACCAACGUCGGUAAUGGCUCAAGCAAGAGGUAGCACGGAAACUUUAAAUAGUCGUAUUGCUGCAUCAACUGGCUCUCUCAAUAAAUUCGGUGCACCAAGUGGUCUGUCAAAAAAUAUUGGUGCACCGAUUAGUACAGUAAACAAGUUCGCUGGAAAAACAGGAAGACCUAGAGUGUCCACAUUAAAUAAUUCACACAACAGUACUGUCAAUAUAUCAACGCCGUGCCACACAACACAGCCACCCGGUAAAGAACAUUUAAAACAUUUAAAAAUUAGUCCUAUCGGCAAUAGCGAGGACCCCGACUCGACUUUUGAUGUAUCACAAACCAUUCAAACAAAUAAUGCAGCGAAUGAGACGAGAAUAGUGGAAGACAAAAAUCAUAACGAGACAUCAGUAUUCGAUUCAUCUAACAUGCAAUUCACUGCUCCUGUCAGUGACUUGAAUGCAACGUACAACAGAGCCUCAAUUUUGAAUAAAACAGAAAUUAUCUCAACCGAUUCAAACGAGAGUCAGUUUGAGAAUGUUGAAAGUGAUAGUAGCGUAGUGAAUGCAUCUGAUGUUGGUACAGAAGAGAACGAUGGUGUCGAAUCUUUAGAUCAAACACGUGUUAUACACUCACAAUAUUUCGAUGAGACUAGAACAAUUCAUCAUGUGGAUGAUAAUAACGAGUUUAACGAAUCAAAAGACUUUAUUGGGAACGAGACCAUGCCUAAAAAUCUUGGGGAUGACACCCCUUAUAAAACCAAUUUAAACGAAUCUACUUUAGAAAUGUCGGAGAAUUCUCCCUUCACUGAAGACAUACUUAAAGUAAUUGCCGCUAUAUCAAGUAAUUUAAACACUCGUCCAACCGACGUGGUUACUGUAACUACUAGUCCUUUGAAACAGUCAACGAACGUUAGUACUUUGAACAAGUCAGUGACAAAAAAAUUAGAACUUACUAAUGAAGUGUCUUUGUCUGAUGAACUGAGCUUUGCUGAGACACAUUUUGGUACGCCAAAACAACAACAGUUGGAAGAUUUUCAUGAGGAGGUUCCGCACGAAAAAGAAUUUUCUGAGACGCAUGAAAUUUUGCAGCACAGAGAGGAAUUCGAUCAUUUUAAAGUUAGAACUCUAAGUGAAGAUGUGAUAGAAGAAGACUGCGAAAGAACAAACGUGAAAACACAAUCUAUGCUUAGUUCUCCGACCACGCCCAAUCGUAAUGAAUUGGGUCAAGAAUUUAAUUUUAGCCACCCUGCUAGGUGUAACACCGUAUCUCUUGGUGUUCUCUCCCGUGGUGGCUUUAAAGAUGGAAAGUUCUCCAAACUAAUAAGACGUAAUACUUUCGCAUCGCAGGAUUUAACUUCAAAAUUUCGCGUCCCCAAGGAGAUGAACUUAACAGAAACACUUGAAGGGAACAUAGUUAUGGAUAAUACGUCGUUUUUGCAUUUUUCAAACGAUGUUCGGUCUAUGAAGACACAGCUAUUAAAGUUAAAAAGAACUCUACUAGAGGCUGACUGUCCAUCUCCGUUAAUGAAGAUGCCUCUAAAACGAUCGAACUCGUGCGUUGUUCGAAACACUAUGGACGCUCCACCCUUGUCUCCUCGCACCUGCAUGUCAAGUCCUAUGGCAGUGGUUGAUCCGCUAGUCCAGUCAGAAGCAAACGCCACGAUGAAAGAAAAACAAGUCAGUGCUGAGAAAGAAGAUCAGUUGGCUGCUAUAACUAAUAAAUUUCAAGACGCUCUUAGACGAAUUGAAGAAAUGGAGAAAGAGAUUGAUUGUCAUAAAUACACAAUAAAAUUAUUGCAAACACAACUUGAAAAGAACGAACAAAAUGAGAUGGAUAUACUGGAAGAAAAUAUCAUCCUUCGUGAAGAAGUAGGACAUUUAACAGAACGUUUGCAGAAACUUAAUGAAAAUGCAGUGGGUGAAGAUGGAGAAAAAUUGCUGUCGUCUGGAAGUUAUAAAGAAGAAUUCGAUCUCGCUGAAAUGAGUUCUUCGUCUCGUAAAGUUGUCUUGCAGCGCCUUUACUCAAAUGACUCAAAUACAGAUUGAUUAUCGUGGGAUUCGUCACCUGCUAGAUUAAAAUAAUUAAAUUAUUUCUACAUUUUUCCGUUUGACACUGUCUUAAGCGUACUAAUUUUCACGCUCUGCAAGUUUCACAAAUUAUACCUAUAUUUCUCACAAUACACCUUCCCUAAUAUGUCAUAUUUCAAAACGUUAGAGCUGUUGAUAUUUUUGUCAUCUCUAAUGUAAAUUUACAUCUCAAUUCGAUCUCAUUUCACAUCGAAUUUAAAUGCUCUAAUAUCUUUCGAAAAGUUGAAUAUAUUGAGUACCACCUUACAAAAAAUAUUUGAGACGAAGCUGCGAUUCAAGUAAACUUAUUUCGGAUCAGUAUGCAAAUACCCAUUUGCGAAAAUGAGUACGCGUAAAUUUGUAUAAUAUGUAUGAUGUCUGAAAGUAAAGACAUGCAUAGUGCGGCUUUCAUACUCAAAAACGUGUAACGUCGACAAUUUUUCUUAAAAAAAAAACACCUACAAAAUAUGCCAGCAAAAAUUGCUUACAAAUUACCCACUUGCGAAUAUUUAUACUCAUUAAAUUUGUUAUUCCAGAAAAUAAAUAUUCUAGUUCUACUUGCUAAAAAAGUAUAAAUGUACGCUUAAGAUAUUUUCUCUUUUUUUUGUUACUCUUCUUGCAAGCCUUAUGUUUUUUUGCCUGACUCUAAUGGUGUGUAAAUAAAACACUUAGUGGAACACCUUUUUUUUAUGACAAUUUAGAACUUAUAAGAAUAUUUAUAUAUUUGUUUAUUUAAAACAAAAAAUUCGCAAUUGGGGCAUGAGUUUAUGUGCACCAAUAAAAUAAAAUUUUGUGGUAAAACUAAGUUAGAUAUAAUUUGUAAAAAAAUGAAUUUUAUACUAGAUUUUUAAAAUUCCAGUUGCAAUGCUAACUUGGUUAGGUGUAUUUCUGGUAAUUCUUAUACUUUUGUUGCCAUUUUUAAUAAAGUAUUUACUCCUUAAAUUUUCUGGAAAAAGAGGUUUUGUUUCGUCUGUCAAAUUUUAGGAGAAAAAAGAACGAGCAAUUUCUUAUAAUUAAUAUUU